AUGUCCAACUUAAAGGAUCUAGCAGAUACUAGUGAUCAACAUAUUCAAGCACAAAACAUAAUCGUUAUCCAUCCAGGAUCUCAUUAUCUUCGUAUUGGUCGUGCAUCGGACGUCAAUCCUGUACGAAUUUUGCACGCUAUAGCGCGGCGCCGGAAAGCCAAUGGAAAAGCACAUCGAGACUGUGUGCUACCAAGCGUGGUUGAAAAAACCAAAGAGGUGUUGCAAGAGCUGGAAGACUGCAGGCUACAAAUAACGCACACGCUUCAAUCGUGCAUGCAGUCGGAUGGGCAACGACGGUACGCCACUCCGCCACAACAGAUAGCUGCAUUCAAUAGGCGCUCCCAACCUGAAGUAGUUCCAGAUAGUCGUAACGAGUGGCAUGAUUCGGAAUUGGGCGAUGUUGUAGUAGGAGAGGAUAUAUUGUUGUUGAAUCCAGCUGGAGAGUACAAUGUACAUUUCCCUAUCCGACGAGGAGAGCUUAAUCUCCAUGAUGGUGUUGGAGGGUCAUUGUUUGCAGUCAUGUCGGAUUUACAAAACAUUUGGGAAUAUGUCCUGCAAAAACGGUUACAUAUUGAAGCGAACAAAAUGAAACAGUAUAGAGCGGUGCUGGUAAUACCGGAUAUUUAUAAUCGUGCGCACUUGAGAGAGUACGUAACGCUUUUGUUGAACCACAUUGGUUUCGGAUAUUGCUUCCUCGUCCAGGAUCACGUGUCAGCUACUUUUGGUGCCGGUCUAGGAUACGCAUGUGUCGUUGAUGUAGGUGAUGAAAAAACCUCUGUAUCAUGUGUAGAAGAUGGAAUUUCUCAUCCCAACACUCGCGUGCGGUUUGACUAUGGGGGAGCAGAUGUUACGCAAGUGUUUUAUUGGUUGCUGCAAAAAUGUGCAUUUCCUUAUCGUGAGUGCGAUGAUACCAAGCCGCUCGAUGGGAUUCUGCUGCGUCGACUUAAAGAAGAAUUUGGACACGUUAAUUUGGACGUUUGCGGGUCAAACGAAAAGGCAUUUUCAGUGCAUCAUCCUGAAAUGCCAAAACGGAAUUAUACGUUACAAAUAGGCGAUGAAGCAAUGGUGGCUCCAUUGAGCUUAUUUUAUACGGAAUUGUUGGCCAUUACGGGUGCCAAUAGAACAGCACCAAAAACUCAAAAAUGGUGUUCAUCCCAACCGCAUCCGGAGGACUGUUUUGAUGCAGAAUAUCUCAGAGAAACUGGUCGGCGCAAUAAAGAUAAUUUAGAACAAUCGGCUAUUGAUAGUGGAACAUUGGCGAAUACAGAUGCUCCAGACGAUGAUCUAGUAGUUGAUGGCUUAGAACAAGAACGUGAGACCAAAAACAACGAUCGAGAUUAUCUGCUUCCUGGCGGGCAGCUGGUAGGACUUGAUCAAGCCGUUAUACAAAGUAUCGAACGUUGUUCAAACGACGAGCUGAAACGGAAAAUGUACGGCUGCAUAUUGAUCGUUGGCGGAGGUAUAAAAUUUCCUGGCAUUGGAAGUUGGUUACAGAGUCAGGUUUCACGGAAAAUUCCUGCCGGUUAUCGUACAGAACAAAGUAUCGUUUCCAGCCCGAAGGAUAUGGACCCUGAAAUUACUAGCUGGAAGGGCGCCGCGGUUAUGUCCUGUUUAGAGAGCGCUGUAGAGCUAUGGUUAACCGAAGCUGAAUGGACACGAUAUGGCUUACGCGUUUUACGAGAGAAAGCCGUAUUCAUGUGGUAG